GGGUUCCAAUUUCAUCUGCUGUCGCAGGUGUAGCAGUAGGAUUAGUCACCAAAAACAAUUCUGAGAAGAGUGAAAUAGAAGAUUAUCGGUUGCUGACAGAUAUUCUGGGAAUUGAAGAUUACAAUGGUGACAUGGAUUUCAAGAUAGCUGGCACUAAUAAGGGAAUAACUGCACUACAGGCCGAUAUUAAGUUACCUGGGAUACCAAUAAAAAUUGUAAUGGAGGCCAUUCAGCAAGCUUCAGUGGCAAAAAAGGAAAUAUUACAGAUUAUGAACAAAACUAUUGCAAAACCUCGAGCGUCUAGAAAAGAAAACGGGCCUGUUGUAGAAACCGUUCAGGUUCCAUUAUCAAAACGAUCAAAGUUUGUCGGACCAGGUGGAUAUAAUUUAAAAAAACUUCAGGCUGAAACAGGAGUAACUAUUAGUCAAAUGGAUGAAGAAACAUUUUCUGUAUUUGCUCCAACACCCAGUGCUAUGCAUGAAGCAAGAGACUUUAUUACUGAAAUCUGCAAAGAUGAUCAGGAGCAACAGCUAGAAUUUGGAGCAGUAUAUACCGCCACAAUAACUGAAAUCAGAGAUACUGGAGUGAUGGUAAAACUAUAUCCAAAUAUGACUGCAGUACUACUUCAUAAUACACAACUUGAUCAACGAAAG